UGUCAUCAGCGGCUGGGCCUGCUGAAGGUGACCAUGGCACACGACGGAGAGAGGAGCCCGCGAGAGGCGGAGGAUUGUGGGGUCGUCCAGGAGGAUCGAUAGGCGAAGAACCUGAAGAGCAUCCAAAAGGGUGCCUAGAGUUGAACUUCCUCUCUUUUUAGAAGAAUGGAUUUCUCGGAGGCCAAAAAAUUUAUGGUUCUUCUUUGGAAGAAUUUUAUUUUAAAGAGGCGGCGAUGUAUUGCUUUAGUUGUGGAAAUGGUCCUCACAUUUCUGUUUAGUGCCGCACUCUUGGCAGUACGCUCUGUUAUUGUUAUAAAGAAGAACGGACCUUUUGAUUUCGCUGCUCAGCCUGUUGAUGAAGUGCCUUUCUACGUCACAGCUUCCUUAGCUUCUGCUUUCCCUUUGGAAUUGGCUUAUGUGCCUUCCAGAAGUACUGUGGUUCAGGGUAUUGUCGAAAGGGUGAAAAUGGAUUUAAACCCCCAAAUGAAAGUUCUAGGCUUUUCUACAGAAGAAGAAUUUGAAGAUUACGUUAAGGAAGUAAAUAACUCUGAAAAGGUUCUGGCUGCUAUUGUUUUUGACCAUGACUUCAAAAAUAGCAAUGAUCCCCUGCCACUGAAGGUAAAAUAUUACCUGCGUUUUAGUAAUGAAAAGAAGAGUAAUAUGCUGGAAAAUAUUUAUGAAGAAGCAAGCUGGUUGACAGAUUUUCUCUUUCCACCUAUCCCUUCGGUGGGACCCAGAAAUGAAGAUGAAGAUGGGGGGAGUCCUGGGUACAUCAGUGAAGGGUUCCUGUUUGUGCAACACUCCCUGGAUAAGGCCAUCAUGCAAUAUCAUAGCGGCCAAGCUGCAGAAAUGCUGUUUAGCAAUAUCAGCGUUUAUGUUCAGAGAUUUCCCUACCCAUCGUAUUACCAUGAUUUCUUCUUUAUGUUUUCUGGUGUUUUCAUUCCUUUAGUACUUGUAUGUAUCUUCUCUCUGAAUCAUCUUACCCUUGUUCAAUCCGUUGUGUGGGAAAAGGAAAAUCGACUGAAGGAGUAUCAGCUCAUGAUAGGAGUCAGUAAUUGGAUGCUCUGGGUGGCCUAUUUCUUCACAUUCCUCUGUUUGUAUUCCAUUAUCAUCAUUUUUAUGUGCAUAGUUUUCUUUGUCAAGGUUAAACCGGCACCAGUCAUCCAAAGCAGUGACCCAACCCUUAUCGUUAUCUUUUUGCUGUUUUAUGCCAUCGCCACAAUAUGCUUCAGCUUUAUGGUUAGCACUUUAUUCAGUAAAGUGAAUAUUGCAGUUGCUUUGGGAGGUUUGUUUUUUUUCGCUAUCUACUUUCCAGCUGCUGGCCUCCAUGUCUACUAUGGAAAAAUGACAUUUAUCCAGAAGCUGGCAGCCUGUCUCAGCUCAAAUUUUGCAAUGGCAUUGGGAGUUAAAUUUCUAGCUGAUGCAGAAACAUGGAGAGUUGGACUUAAAUGGAGUAACAUCUUCUCAUCAACUACACUGGAUAACUUUUAUUUUGCCCAUGUGCUGGGAAUGUUUUUAUUUGAUGCUUUCUUGUAUAGCCUUGUGGCCUGGUAUAUAGAAGCUGUCUUUCCAGGAAGCUAUGGUGUGCCCAAGCCAUGGAACUUUUUCUUACAGCGCUCUUACUGGUUUGUGGAAUCACCUGAGAAAAAAACUGAAGUAAGUCAAUUUUAUGAGCAAAUGCAAAGCAAGUAUUUUGAAGCUGAACCAACGGAUUUGAGAGCAGGUAUCCAGAUCAAACAUUUGUGCAAGGUAUUCCAAACGCACAACACUACCAAAGUAGCUGUAAAUGACUUGUCUUUGAAUUUAUAUGAGGGGCAGAUCACUGUUCUUCUAGGACAUAAUGGGGCAGGAAAAUCCACCACUCUGUCCAUUCUCUCAGGUCUCUAUCCUCCCACAAGUGGAAAUGCCUAUAUUAAUGGAUACAGUAUCUCAAAGCAGAUGGUCCAGAUUAGGAAAUCGCUGGGCUUGUGUCCCCAGCAGAACCUGUUGUUUAAUUACUUGACGGUAUCAGAACACCUUCAUUUCUAUUCUGUGAUAAAAGGAGUACAUGGAAAGAUGACGCCUACUGAAAUUGACCGCAUGCUGGCUACUUUUAACCUGCUAGAAAAGCGUAACAAAUUGUCAAAGUCACUGAGUGGAGGAAUGAAGCGCAAACUCUCCAUCAUUAUAGCAUUUAUAGGGGGCUCCAAGGUAGUGAUACUUGAUGAGCCAACGUCUGGCAUGGACCCAGUCUCAAGGAGGGUCACCUGGGAUCUCCUGCAGCAUUUUAAACUUGAUCGUACCAUCCUACUGACCACCCACUACAUGGAUGAAGCUGAUGUUCUGGGUGACCGCAUAGCCAUCAUGGUCAAGGGAUCCGUGCGGUGCUGUGGCUCUUCAAUUUUCCUGAAAAAGAUAUAUGGUGUGGGAUACCGCAUUGUCAUGGUGAAGACACCUGACUGUAAUGUUGAAGAAGUCUCAAAAUUAAUUCAUUAUUAUAUACCGACAGCCACUUUGGAGAAUGAUGUUGGAACUGAGUUAUCUUUUAUUCUGCCCAAAAAUUAUGCACACAGUUUUGAAGCUCUGUUUACUGCUCUGGAACAAGAACAAGAAAACCUGGGCAUUUCUAGCGUUGGUGCCUCUGUCACUACCAUGGAAGAAGUCUUCUUCAAGGUCGGUUACACAGAAGAGUCACAAACAGAUAUCGAAGCUAUGAAGUCUUCCUCCCAAAUGGGCCGAGCCUCCAACAGGAACCAGAAUAAGAACAUGUCAAGAAAUGUUGAGGGAGCAGAUCCUCCCACCCUGAAUGAAAGCCCUACUAUUAACUUUAAUACUGGGUGUUCUCUCUACAGCCAGCAGUUCUGUGCCAUGUUCGUAAAGAGGGUGAUGUUCAACUGGCGCAACUGGAAACUGCUUUUGUUACAGAUACUGGGACUCAUAGGCUCCCUUGCCUUUCUCUUAAGUUCUAGUAAAAAUUCUUCACAGCAUGAAAUGAUUAGGCAAAUGGAGUUGAGUCAAUAUGGUCAAACCAUUGUGCCCUUUUCUAUUUCUGGGGCUUCUAAUUUGACUGCAGAUCUCUCAGAACGCCUUAAGAGUAUGCUCGAGUCUGACAACCAAAGACCUCAGGAAGUACAAGGUGACCUACUGAAGUACUUGACGGAAACAAAAGAUUGUAUUCGUUUAUGUAUCAUUGCACUUUCUAUUGAGUCGGAGGCAAAUAUGGUAAUGCUUACUGCUCUGUUCAACAAUGAAGCAUAUCAUUCACCAUCUGUGGCCCUGGCAGUGUUAGACAACAUUCUUUUCAAGUCACUUUCUGGUGCCAAUGCUUCCUUAACAGUCUCCAACAAACCUCAGCCACUCCCUGAUAUUGAAGAAAAUGAAGAGCUUCAAAGUGGACAAAAAUUGGCCAUAAAUUUACAAUUUGGCAUGGCUCUUUUGAUCAAUGGUUUUUGUCUCCUGACGGUGACUGAGAGAACCACUAAGGCGAAGCACAUCCAGUUUGUGAGUGGUGUCUCUGUCAUUGUGUACUGGCUUUCUGCCCUAUUGUGUGAUUUCAUCAUCUUCUUUGCCUCCUGCUGCUUAGUAAUGGGAGUGAUAAAAUACCGCAAAUUAGAUAUUUAUGUCACGGAUUACCACAUUCUGGAAACUAUGCUGAUCUUCACGCUGUAUGGCUGGUCUGCCAUUCCCUUUGUGUACCUGAUAAGCUUUGUGUUUUCCGGAAGUACUUCUGCCUACAUCAAACUUCUCCUACUCAGCUACUUUUCAGGCACUUUUGGUUUCCUCAUAGGCGAGAUAAUAGAAAACAAAAAGCUAACCAACAUCUCAAACACCACCAGAACCGUCGUACGUAAUUCAUUGCUGCUCUUUCCCAAUUACAACCUUGCAAAGUGCGUUAGUCAGUAUACAACUAUCUACGACGUGAAGAUAUUGUGCACCACCUUAAAGAAGCAUCCUGUCCACCUAAAUUGUAGCAAAGCAAAUACUGAGAAGAAUAUUUAUUCUUUGAAAGAGCCUAUGAUUGGAAAGUAUUUGAUUGACAUGAGUACUGCAGGCUUUAUUUUCCUUGUGUUGAUUUUCUUUUGGGAGACUACUUCAUGGAGACUAAGAACAUUCCUCAAUCAAUACAUUUACUUUGGUAUCUACAAGCGAUACAGGAAAGAGAUAGUGUCCAAGGAAUUAUCUGGGCAAUCUGAAGAUGAAGAUGUACAAAACGAAAGAAAGAGAAUCCUGGAGCAGCCUCAGGAGUUGCUGGAUUCUAUAGUACUUGUUAAAGAACUCAUAAAGAUAUAUUUUAAGUGCCCAGCCAUUCUGGCUGUAAAAAAUAUCUCCCUUGCAAUCCAAAAGGGGGAGUGCUUUGGAUUGCUUGGAUUCAAUGGAGCUGGAAAAACAACUACUUUCCAAAUUUUGACUGGGGAAGCGAGCCCUACCUCUGGAGAUGUGUUGAUUGAUGGCUUUAGCAUCACAAAAGAUAUCCUACAGGUAAGGUCAAGAAUUGGCUACUGUCCUCAAUUUGAUGCCUUGCUGGAAUAUAUGACUGCUCAGGAAAUAAUGAUUAUGUAUGCCAGAAUAUGGGGAGUCUCUGAGCCCCAGAUUAAGCUGUAUGUGAACAAAUGGUUGAAUUCACUGGAACUGGAGUCUCAUGCUGACAGGCUUAUCAGCACCUACAGUGAAGGAAACAAACGUAGGCUGAGUACUGCUAUUGCCCUAAUGGGAAGGUCUUCAAUCAUCUUCCUGGAUGAGCCAUCAACUGGCAUGGACCCAGUAGCCCGACGCCUGCUCUGGAACAUAGUGACAAAGACACGCGAAAGUGGAAAAGCCAUCGUUAUAACCUCCCACAGUAUGGAGGAAUGUGAUGCGCUCUGUACCAGUCUAGCCAUCAUGGUGCAAGGGAAGUUCAUGUGCUUGGGCAGCCCUCAGCAUCUCAAGAACAAGUUUGGCAACAUUUACAUCCUCAAGGUCAAGGUCAAGACUAAAGAUAAAUUACAGGAUUUUAAACGUUUUGUUACAACAACAUUUCCAGGUAGUGUCUUAAAACAUGAGAAUCAAGGGAUCCUUAACUACUACAUUCCUAGCAAGGACAAUCGCUGGGGAAAGGUGUUUGGCAUUUUGGAGCAAGCUAAAGAGCAAUUUGAUUUAGAAGACUAUUCCGUCAGUCAGAUCACACUGGAACAAGUCUUCCUGACCUUUGCUAACCCAGAGAAAGUAUCCAGUGAUGAUGAAAACGAGGUGCCAUGAGAUUCAUUUACAACCAGUGACCCUCGUGUCUUUCAUAGAUGACACCUGGAUGCAUAUGGGGACCUUCCUGUGCAUGUAUAUCUUGGUGUAAAUAUAUUUACAUAAUAAAGAUUUUCCCAAAGAAGAA